AGGCCCAACCUCCAUUUAUUGCAUUCAGCUAUUUUGCUAUUUAAAGUUAAUAGUUUUUAAUGUGAUAGAUUCAGAUGUAACAAUGUUCCCCCCGGAUAUGUAAUAGGUCAACUGAAUCAUAUCACGUCAUUUGUCUGUUGCUUACUGUGACAUACGUUUUUACAAUGUAACUUUAAAAAAAUUAUGUUUACUUGUAACACCCCCCUGUAUGUAUCUAUUAUGUUAUCCAAUGAACGAGUGUAAAUGUGAGAACUGACCUAUAGGGAGCGCGCAUCACGGAGGUGUUCCGCUUUCCCAGAGAUUCUACUUCUGAUUGAGAGAAUUCAAGAUGGCUCCUUCAGGUUCCAGGUAAGGGCUCACUCCCCCGGAUCCCCAGUGCAUGAAGUUCUCCUGCAGUUGAAGCAUCUCAGUGCUACCUCCCCUGCUCUUCCUGCCUGUCAUCAUGUCCUCCAACUCCUCCUCUUGCUCCUCCUCUGGAGAGACCAGUCCAGAGGACGUGCCCCGAGGUGGGGGCACCAUCCGCGUCUACCUCCCCAAUAAACAGAGGACUGUGGUAAAUGUUCGCCCCGGGCAGACAGUUUAUGACAGUUUGGAUAAAGCCCUUAAAGUGAGGGGCCUGAGCCAGGACUGUUGCGCAGUGUUUCGACUCCUAGAGGGUCGCAAAAGACUAACUGAUUGGAACACUGACAUCACCCCGCUGGUAGGAGAAGAGCUGCUGGUAGAGGUGUUGGAUGAUGUCCCUCUCGCCAUGCAUAACUUUGUACGGAAAACCUUCUUUAAGUUGGCCUAUUGUGACUUCUGCCACAAGUUUCUGUUCAACGGCUUCAGAUGUCAGACAUGCGGCUACAAGUUUCACCAGCACUGCAGCAGCAAAGUCCCCACUGUGUGUGUGGACAUGGACACAAUGACAAAACGGUUCACACCUAAUCCCUGCACAGAUGAGUACCCUCAGAUAUCCAUACUGUUGCCAGACAACUCCAUAUCCCAGAGCGACAUAGCCUUAACCCCAGAUUCUUCUGGGCAUGGACUUCUGUCACCGACCUCAGCCUUCCUGUUCCCCCCGCCAGUUGUAGAUGGACCGUCCCUACAGAGGCAUCGGUCCACCUCCACCCCCAACGUCCACAUGGUCAGCACAGUGGGCCCUGCCGGCGUCAGCAUCAUAGAGGAGGCGUUAAAAAUACAAAAUAAUACAAUGGGUCCUGAACCCUCAUCCAAACCCUCCACCAGCCCGCCCUCCCUGGGCUCCCCUGGCAGGAGACCCCCCAAAUCCCCCUCAGAGCACAAGGAGCGCAAGCCCUCCUCAUCUGACGACAAAAAGAAAGUGCACCGUGGCGGUUAUAGAGACUCAAGUUACUACUGGGAGGUCCACUCUCGAGAAGUCACCGUCCAGAAAAGGAUAGGUGCAGGCUCCUUCGGGACGGUCUUCAAGGGAAAGUGGCACGGAGAUGUGGCCAUCAAGAUCCUCAAAGUGACAGAGCCAACACCUGAGCAGCUGCAGGCUUUUAAAAAUGAAAUGCAAGUCCUAAGAAAGACACGCCACGUCAACAUUCUGCUGUUCAUGGGCUUCAUGACUAAGCCUAACUUUGCCAUCAUCACACAGUGGUGUGAGGGCAGCAGCCUGUACCGCCAUCUGCACGUUUCCGAGACCAAGUUUGAAACCAUGCGCCGCAUCGACGUGGCCAGGCAGACAGCACAGGGCAUGGAUUAUCUUCAUGCCAAGAAUAUAAUUCAUCGAGACCUGAAAUCAAACAACAUCUUCCUCCAUGAGGGCUGGACUGUGAAAAUCGGGGACUUUGGGCUGGCCACAGUGAAGUCUCGAUGGAGUGGCUCCGAGCAGGUAGAACAGCCUAGCGGUUCCAUUCUGUGGAUGGCUCCUGAGGUGAUCCGGAUGCAGGACACCAACCCUUAUACGUUUCAGUCAGACGUGUAUGGCUACGGGGUGGUCCUGUUUGAGCUGAUGUCAGGGACUCUGCCUUAUUCCCAGAUCAACAACAGAGACCAGAUACUCUUUAUGGUUGGACGCGGCUACUUGUCUCCAGACCUCAGUUUGCUGUCCAGUAGCUCACCCAAGUCCAUGAAGAGGCUCAUCAUUGACUGCCUGAAGUUCAAACGUGACGAGAGGCCCCUCUUUCCACAGAUCAUGUUAGGCAUUGAGCAGGUCCAGGACCUGUUACCAAAAAUCGAGCGGAGUGCCUCGGAGCCCUCCCUCCACCGGGCUGUGCAUGCAGAGGAACUGAACCCACUCCUGUUCCACACCACUCGGCUGAUGCCCCUUUGAGCCCUGCCCUUCCAGGCCCCCAGUCACAGGAGCUGUCUGUCCCUCUGUCUGAGAGAGAGAAGGAAAGAGACCACCACUGACGCAAAUGUUGGCUGCAUUAUUCCCAUGACAGAAAGAGAUUGCACUGACAGCUUCCCAUCCCAACACCCCAGAGGCUUCGUACCAAAUGGCACCCUAUUCCCUACAUAGUGCACUACUUUUGACCUGAUCCCUAUGGGACACUAUAAGACUGCCAUUUGGGACACAACCCAGCGUUCCCCUUCCUCUGGCACUGGUUGGGGCUCCUCCCACAGACACCACCACCAAUAACCCCUCCUCCCACAGACACCACCACCACAUAUAACCCCUCGUCACGCAGACACUCCAGAUCACAACCCCCUGAGCCCUCAGACUCUCCCUACUCCACUUCAGAACACACAGCUCCCCUCCCUUCCCCCUGCUCACAGUCCUACACAAACUGGAACUGCAGAACACACGCUGGCCUAGCCAUGUCAGACCCCCUACAUUCCUAUACUGUAACUGUACAUGCAUGGCUAUGGAUUUCUCAAGGCUGCUUUUGGGGGAAGGGACACCAGACUCUUUUUAGUUGUAUCAUAAUGAAGUCAGCGUUCUGAGAUUAAGUGCAAGCGAUGAAAGAGAUAUGCUUGCAAAACAACAGAAUGCAGAGAAGUGACUUUCACUUGGGUUUUAUGACCAUAUUUUAAAUGAUUGGUCCUUCUGGUCCCAUAACGGUUUUGGUAAAUCAGUGUUGUCAUGCAUUGUUAGAAUAUGGACAUGAAUAAGUUGUAUUGCUGCUAUACAACAUGGAUUGAUAUGCCACUUUCUAAGAACAGCAGUUUGGAAGCCGUUAACUGCGGUGUCAUAUGGGUACAGCGCCAUUUUGAAAUGCACAGCGGGUCGUGUUCAUAGUGCACACCAUAGCAUAGUGCUUUGCCAUCGGAAAUCAAAAACAAGUGUUUAUUAUUGGACAAGGUUAGGUUGUCCCUCCAUCUUUCAGUCUGUUUUCUUCCGUUUGGUGCCUAGUGAAUACGACCCAGACAUGUUCAAACCUGUGCAUUGUUUCCAUUGAAUACAUGUAGGUUAGUUCAGCCCAGAGAGCUUCUGUAUGGCCAUGAAACCUGUAGUCUUAACAGAUGAGUAAAGAGUAUUAUCAAUGCUUUACAUGCUUACAGUCUGCUGGACUCUCCAUUGCACCAUGGGGCAGCACUUGUGCUUGCUUUGACUAAUCUGGUUAAAACAAGCUGCCUUACUUGUACAGUUGCUUUUUGGUCAUUGUAACACUACGCUAAUGGCUGUGGUUGAAGUGAAAAGUAGUCUCAUCUCUUCCGUGGAUGUUUUGGUUUAGUUUAAAAUGGGCUAGUCAUUAUCAAUCGUGAUCUCUAGUUUGAUGUCUGAAUCCUGCUUUCAAUAUAACUUUUUUGUGGGGACUAUUAACUUGAAAAGGUCCAAAUGUUUGGAACAGUUAAAAACAAAUACAAGCCAUAUUGUUGAGUAGCUUAAACACUUUAGGAAAUAGUUGCGUUAAAUCAAUAAUUUAUCCUGUUCCUCCUUCCUAUUGCUGUUGAUUGCGGGCUGCUACUUCAAUUGAGCGUUGUACCUAGUGAAAGAUGGUUGCUUACUUGGUCCAUAUUAGCAGUGAUUAGCCUAUUGGUUUCCAGCUUCUUUCAGUGAAAGUGCAUUGAUUGCUAAGAAGAUGGCUCCAUGGUGCAAUGGGGUGGGGACGGCAGUUAUUUGACUGAUGGCAGUUAUUUUCAGUUAUCUGGCUGCAUACUGGUUACAAAAAGAGGCAGAUUUGAAUUAUCAAUGGUAACUUAAAAAAUAUAUAUAUAUUUGAACUAACCGUAACUGUGAUCUUAACCCAUAAGGGGUCUGUUGUUUUUGGUGUUAUGUAUGCAGAUUCUAUCAUGGGUGGAUGGUUACUGAACAAACAUAACUGACAGCUUUUAUAAAAAGCAGAUGAUAUCCAGGUUUUUAACCUAGAUGUUUUAGAGGGGCUGGGCACCCUAUUCUGUUAUGAUGUUGGUGGUUAUGAUUGGGUUGUAUCAAUAGGUUUGGCUUGGGGAUUUUGGUAGAAAAGGGUUGGAAAAGACUACAUUUCUCAUCUUAUUUAUUGAUAUUGUCAUUACAUAUAGCAGUGUGAUGUAUCUGCUGUCAUGGACCUUUUGGUGGAUUAAAUGUUUACUGAGUAAUAAGAGAUCACUCUUUACAGCAUUUAAAUCAUGGAUGGUUUGGGUUCUCUCUAACCUAACGGAAUGUCCUUUCUAGUCAUGGUACUGUCUCAAACUAUUCUAAUUGAUCUUCAGAUUUCUGAUACGCUGUGUCAUGCAGGUGUAUUUAUUUGGCUUUUGAUUACAACAAUUUUCUUUUGCUUCUGUUACUUCACCUGUGGCCGCAGUGAGUAAUUUACUGGGGUGGGAAAAUGUUGUAUACACCCACUAUACUGCAGAUACAGUCUCCUCUUGAGACUUGGGCCACUGGGCUACAUUAUGUCAUUCCCAGGUUUUCCAGAAAUCCCGGUUGAGCAGGUAAUCCGGAAUCCUCCAACUAGGAUUUCUGGAAAACUCUGGUACUUUUGGAAAGUUAUCAGAAUUUUGCAACCCUACCCUCCUCUGGUUAGACCAGGAAACAUGGAAUGUGUCAUUGAAAUGGCAUGUACUGUUAUUAUUGCGAUAUGCAGCAAAAGAAAGAAGAACCAUGGAACAUAUUUUAAGGCAUUGCACAUCAAACAUUAGUUUGUCUUAUGAUUUGUAGGUCAUAAGUAAUUGAAUAGCCCAAAGGCUGAAUGAGACAUAUCUUUCCAAAUGAAAUCCCUUUUAUAGGCUAGUUUAUUUCUUAAAGUAUCCAGUGUGUUUAGAGAUGUCCAUAAUGCAGGAAUAGUCUAGCAUCUUACGUUUGGUGGCAAUGCUUUACCAUUAAUGUAAGUCGGUCGGUUUCUGCUGAAUUGAUAGUAAAUAAGUUUGUCACUCAUAGGGACUCUUGUGGCAAGCUCUGUUUUGAAUGACCUCGUCAUUAGUUUCUUCUGUUGUAUGUUUGCAGAAAGGAGGACAAAAGUGCCACAUUUACUGGAAUUUUGUACAAACUAAAUAAAAAAAUUGACCUCCCCUGAAAUGGACUGUACUAAAGGCAUGACGUCACAUUGAAGAUACCCCUUACUGUGCUUCAGACACAGGGUAAUUACAGGGGCAAACAAACCGGACUGUAAUAUUUGAGCAGAAAAUAUAAUUAAUGAUCUGUCUGAGUAGUUUUGCAUAUCUCUAGGUGAAUUGAAAUAAAUGUGUGUAUAGUUUCUGAGGUAUCAGGGGUGUUCAGUUUGCAAUAAAUGGUAUAUUCUGCUGUGUACAGUAAAUUUUUUAAAUUACAAAAUUGUACUUGUUUCUAUUUUUUGUGAUGGUUUAAAAAAAGAACAAUUAUUUUAAAAUGUAAAGGAAAUCUUAGUUGUUUUUUUUUGUCUUAAAAUAUUGAUGCAGGAUUUUAUUCUUUAAAUAAAACUGUGGAAUACUUA